AUGGCUUUACCAAAAUAUGUUUCCCUUGCCUUCUUUCUAAUAUGUUUAACCCUUGGCUCUGCUCAGAGGGUCCUCUUAGAUGAUAAAAAGACAAAACAAUCAAUCUUGGCUGGAGGUGGUGGAGGCGGAGGCGGUGGCUACGGGAGUGGCAGUGGUUCUGGUAGUGGGGGUGGUAGAGGCUCCGGUAGUGGGGGUAGUGGGGUUGGCUCUGGGGGUGGAAGCGGGUACGGUGGUGGUGGGGGCUAUGGGAGAGGCGGCGGCUCUGGUAGUGGGGGCAGUAACCCUGGUGGUGGAGGUAGUGGUGGGGGUUACGGUGGAGGCAGUGGUAGUGGUAGUGGUUAUGCCCCUGGAGGAGGCUAUUAUCCACCGCCGCUAACUGGGCCCUACUACCCUCCUCCUGCUCCUGGCUUUGGUUGGCCCACCAUUCCUACUCCUCCUAUUUAUGGGCCUGGGCCUGGUUGUGGCUGCGGAUAUGCCCCUGGAUCCGGAGACGAUGGAGGAAUUAUUAAUGGGCUGGGCGGUGGGGCCCAUAAUGAGCAUGUUACUUAUUGGGCCAGAAAGAUGGAUCAAGAAGCCCACACCGGUCAUGGGUCGUUUCAGUACAACAUGAAAGAUGGUGAGCCUGCGCCACCAGACUGGUCAGCUCCAAUGGCAGAUGAAGAAAUGGAAAAUGAUCAAAAUCAUAAGAUGAAUAUGAAUAUGAAUAUGAAUAUGAAUCACAAGAUUGAUCCUAUGAUGAAUGUGAAUCGCAAUCUUGAUUCUCCCAGUCAUCAUUAG